AUGCCACCUUCCUCGGACGGUAACACCUCGAUGCCAAUGGAAGACCUCGGUCGUAGGGCCAAGGGUCACAACGUCAAGAAGCGGCUAGAAAUGACUAUUGGAGAGUCAACAGAGGCCAAAGCGCUCCUGGAGGAAACAUAUUGCAGCAACGAUCUGAAGUUCUUGUCAAGUGCCGAUCAACGUACAAACAUACGAUCUCGAGAUUCCGACAACAGACCACUGCAAAGAGUUUCACUCCCACCAAGCUUGGCUUCGACUAACCAGCAGAUGACCCACCAACUUAGCCAGUCUCUUCAACAAGGCCAGCCGCGCGGUUCUGGCAAUGCAAGACGACGAAUUGCCAGCAUUGGGCAUUUGUCCAUUGUUGCUGAGUGGACACCCAACCCCUCUGAUGCUCAUGCACGCACCGAGAGCACUGCAGCCGAACUCUUUGAUCGCGACGAUUCUGAGAUGUUGCUAUCAUCAGUGGGACAGUUCUCCAUUGAUAUCGAAGAAUGUACAGUCAGAUGA